AUGCCCAACAAGAAAGGUAAACAACCAGUCACAUCUCGAAACCAGUCCAAAAGACUGCGAAUUAAAAAAACGAAACAUCAAGAACAGCAGCAAGUGCUAAGUCAGCUCACAAACCGGUUCGAGAAAAUGAGUAUGGACGACGUCCAAAAAGAAGAAGUGUUGAAGGACAAUGUUCAAAAUUAUGAGGUCUUUCCAAGCACUGUGGAUGAACUUAAGGUCGCGCUAAAGGAGGAAUGGGAGAAACUUGAUGUCUUUGUUUUUGUAGAGGUUAUUGCCUCAAUACCAAGGAGGAUUAAUGCAGUAUUAAAGGCAAAUGGAAAGCCGACAAAAUAUUUAAUGUAUAAAUUGCUAGGAGUAAAAUAA